CCGCGGGCCGCUGGCUCCUCCCUCGGGGAAGGGGGUGCGCGGGGCCGCCCACGCCGUGUGACUGACUGGGAGCGCCCGGCCCGGGUGGCUGCGGGGCGCCGGGCCUGAGCCGCCGGCUGUUGGCCCCCGGCCCCCGGCUUGGCCCUGCCGGGCUCCCGGCGGCAGCGACCAUGUUCUCCCUCAAGCCGCCGAAGCCCACCUUCAAGUCGUACCUCCUGCCGCUGCCUCAGUCUGAAGACCAUAUAACUGCAGAACCCAGGAUUAAAAAACUGGAACCAAUACUUCUGCCAGGUGAAAUUGUGGUAAAUGAAGUCAAUUUUGUGAGAAAAUGCAUUGCAACAGAUACGAGUCAGUAUGACCUGUGGGGCAAAUUGGUUUGCACUAACUUCAAGAUUUCCUUUAUUACAGAUGACCCAAUGCCACUACAGAAAUUCCAUUAUAAAAACCUCCUCCUCGGUGAACAUGAUGUCCCACUAACAUGCAUUGAGCAGAUUGUCACAGUGAAUGAUACCAAGAGGAAGCAGAAGGUUCUUGGUCCCAACCAAAAACUUAAAUUUAAUCCAACUGAAUUAAUCAUUUAUUGCAAAGACUUCCGUAUUGUCAGAUUUCGUUUUGAUGAAGCAGGUCCUGAAAGUGCAAAAAAGGUGUGCCUUGCAAUAGCUCAUUAUUCUCAGCCAACAGAUCUUCAGCUUCUCUUUGCAUUUGAGUAUGUUGGAGAAAUAUAUCACAAUCCAGCAAAGAAGGUGAACGGAAUAGACCCAGGAGGUGGUGGUGGUGGCAGCAUCGGCAGUGCCAGUGGUCAGCAGACACCUUUGUUUGAAACUUACUCUGAUUGGGAUAGAGAAAUCAAAAGGACAGGUGCAUCAGAGUGGAGAGUUUGUUCAGUCAACGAAGGUUAUAUGAUAUCUACUUGUCUCCCAGAAUAUUUUGUGGUCCCAUCUUCCUUAGCAGAUCAAGACCUUAAGCUAUACUCCUACUCUUUUAUUGGGAGACGAAUGCCAGUAUGGUCCUGGAAUCAUCCUAAUGGGAGUGCCCUUGUAAGAAUGGCCAACAUUAAAGAUGUAUUGCAGCAAAGAAAAAUUGAUCAAAGGAUUUGUAAUGCAAUAACUCGAAGCCAUCCUCUGAGAAGUGAUGUUUUCAAAUCUGAUCUGGACAAGUGUCUUCCCAGCAUCCAGGAAAUCCAGGCGGCACAUAUCAAACUCAAACAGCUGUGUGUUAAUGAGCCCUUUGAAGAAACAGAAGAGAAGUGGCUAUCCUCACUGGAAAAUACUCGCUGGUUAGAGUAUAUCAGGUCAUUUCUUAAGCAUUCUGCUGAGCUUGUAUAUAUGAUGGAGUGUAAGCAUGUUUCUGUAGUUCUACAAGAGGAAGAGGGACGGGACCUGAGCUGUCUUGCUGCUUCUCUCAUUCAAGUCAUGCUGGAUCCCUAUUUUCGAACAAUUGUUGGAUUUCAAAGCUUGAUACAGAAGGAAUGGGUCAUGGCAGGAUACCAGUUUUUGGAUAGGUGUAACCACUUAAAAAGAUCUGACAAAGAGUCCCCUUUGUUCUUGAUGUUUCUUGACUGUGUUUGGCAGCUGCUAGAGCAAUACCCAGCAGCCUUUGAGUUUUCUGAAAUGUACUUGACCAUAUUGUACGACAGUGCACGUAUCUCAUUGUUUGGCACUUUCCUCUUCAAUUGUCCACACCAACGAGUAAAGGAAAGCACUGAAUUUGCCAUAAGCAAAAACAUUCAGCUGGGUGAUGAGAAGGGCCUCAGAUUUCCUUGUGUUUGGGACUGGUCUCUUCAGUUUACAAGCAGGGAUCGCCUGCUCUUUCACAACCCCUUGUAUAUUGGGAAGAGCGCACCAUGUGUACAAAAUGGAGCAGUGAAAACCUUUAAACGCUCAAAGAAAAACUACAGCUCAACUUUGCGAGGUGUCCCCCCUGCGUUAAAAAAUGGAAUCAUCAGUGACCAGGAGUUCCUUCCAAGAAGAAACUCUCUGAUACUAAAACUGAAACCAGACUUUCUACAGCAAACAGAGAGUCAGAGUAACAGUAUGGAACAGUACUUCAGAGACUGGUUUACGAAGCCUGUUGAUUUGCACGGUGUAAUUUUACCCCAUAUCUCUGGAACACAAAUAAAACUCUGGAAACUGUGCUACUUCCGCUGGGUUCCUGAGGCCCAGAUUAAUCAUGGUGGCUUCAUCACUGCUUUCCAUAAAGUUUCUUUGCUGGCAGAUGAAGUGGACAUGUUAAACCGGAACCUCCGACAGUACAAAAGCAACUCUUCUUUGCAGGGUAACUGCUCAGAACUGGAUCAAAGCAGAAUGUACUUCAGAGCAAAUGGUUUAAACGACACCACUGGGGCCCCAGACUUUCUCUCCUCCUCUUUCCCAUUUUCACCUGUAGGGAACCUGUGCAGACGGAGCAUUCUGGGAACACCUUUAAGUAAAUUUUUAAGUGGUGCCAAAAUCUGGCUAUCCACUGAGACGCUUGCAAACGAAGAUUAAGAUGAUGUGAUGAUUUAAAGGCUUGGGGAGAACAUAGCAUAUCAUUUUGUCUUUUCUAAUUUAACACUGCUAAAUGCAGCAUUGAAAGCUGUAAUAAUUUUAUAUACAAAAAUUUCGUAAGUUUUGCACAAAUAUUUAAAAGCAAAGUGAGUCGUGCUUCAAAUCGCACAAUUUUGUCUUCAGUAGUUCUCAUCUACAUGUCUUGUUUGGUUUCUGGUUCCUAAUUCAUUCUAUAUUUUUGGGGUUUGGCUCACUAUAUACGAUUGAGCAUUUGUAAUGAAUGCUAAUGCUAAUUGAAAGGCUUGGUGUAGUCAUUAUUGAGGGUUGUUUGAAAUACCUGUUGUCCCAGAUAGUGACUGGAGUGACUUUGUGUCAAACAGACUGACAAAUCAAAGUAGUUAGAUGCAGCGGACACAAACUGACAACUGAAAUGUGGGAACAAACUACUUCAUCACAAUUCCUUUUCAGGAAGAAUAUGUACAAACAUACAUGUGUACUAAUGUUCUGUGACUUGAUCACCCUACAUACGUGCAUCCAUGGGGGGAGCGUUCUCUUUUCUUUCUCUCCCCAAAACACAUCCAUUAACAACCAGUCAGAUUUGUGCUCUUUGUCAUGAGCUUGACUUUAGGCUAUAGGAAUCAACUUCAGGACAAUGCACUGUUAACCUUAAAACAUUUACUGUACAUAUGGUAUCAUAGUAGCUUUAGAAGUGCCUUUAAUCGGGAGGAAACAGUAGCAGGAUUUACUCUGAUGCAGCUACCCAUCCAUCCACCCCUGGCCUUUCUACAGUCGACUGUUCCGCUAAGUUCUGGUUCCAUCCUCUGCCUUUCCCUCCCCAUUUCUGGAAUAACAGAAGGCUGGCUUAGGAGACAGUAGUUUUUUUUUUUUCCUCUCAAAGUUUAAGCUCAUUUUUGAGUUUCAGAAGAGCCUCAUUUUUUUCUUUAAGCACCAGAAAUACUCACCAUUAUAUCCCUGCACAGGUCUGGAUCCCCGCCAACCCCUCUCAUCGCUCUGUUUCAGGAUGAAGUAGCUUUCAGCAGAAUUCAUACUUAAGCCAUGCAGGGUUCCAGAAAUGAGGCUGUGCUCUUAGUGGCUAAAUCAACAAGGGGUGCUGUUGCUGUUGUCACUUAUAAACAGAGCUGGAAGAAGAGUGGUUAGCAGUGCCUUCUUUUUUUAUGUACUCCUAGCACAUGCAGACAGUGCAAUGGACAAGCACAGCUUGAGGGAAUUAAAUCCAACAGCCUCCCUCUGCCUAAUGCAGGAGCUUCCUCACUGCUUUUAAACCUUUUAAAUGCCACUCACUGUCAGAUGCUGUGUGAAAAAAACCUCAAGUUUCUUAGGGAGAAAAAUGAGAGAGUGAAGUGCCCUGGGGUGGAGGGGGAUAGUGGUGUGUCAUUCUCACAGGUUAAGGCAUUGGUGGAGAACAAGAGAAUGCUUCUGUUGAGUACCUUCUCUUAACAGUGAGUCUUCCUUUUAUACUAACUGAUUUCUGUGUAAAAUGCAAAAGCUGUUAAACUGAUGCUGAGCCUCUCUUCAGGCACAAACUUGCAAGUUAAGGCUCUGAAGGCCUUGUAUGAAGCUGUUCUCAGUUGUUAUGAAAAAAAAGGGUUAUGAUGUUCAUACCCAGUAUAUUUUAGUGAAAAAAAAAAGGCAGGGGAAUAGGAUUUGGAGCUGUUCAUUUGUCUGUAAAACCAAACACUGGUCCUCAGCACAGCCUGUAUCACAAUAAUAAGGGUUUUGGAUGUCUAAGAUUGCUCAUGUAUUACAACUGCCAACUUUGUGCUAGAAAUUCUGGUGCAUACAGGACCGUAUUUUCUGCAGGCUGAAAAUUAUCCAAACUGCAAAACUGUUGAACACUGGGUAUGCUGCGUUCUCACACUGUGUUUGGUCUGGUGGGGAUAGGUGGGCAGUUUCAUUUUAAAGGCUAGCUGAUAUAAGAGAGGAGAAAGAAAAGACUUCCUUUUUUUAACUAACCAAAUCCCCCAAAACCUGUUGUUAUGCAAAGAAGCGGGGUGUGUGUGUGUGCAUGCAUGUGCACACAUGCAUGUUAUGACAUAAUGCCAGAUUGUUUCUGGUCAACUGGUUGUGAGGAAAAAAUGUGUAUUCACCUCAAUUGCCUAAUUAUGCUGCAAGAUGGUUUGAGCAUGUUAUAUGGUCCACAAACUAGUUCUGUUUAUUUACGAGCUUGUUGGAGCAGUCAACUAACCUGUUCAAUUCAUUAUUCAAAUGUUUGUGUUAGUUUGCUUUUGUAGUUUUUUUUUAAACUAGCUUACUGCUUUCCCUGGCCUGAUACUUGACUUCAACCUGUGUGCUUAGUGUAUUUUGGUACCAGUUCUUCCUCUGUUAAAUUACAGUUUAAAAUAUGCUUUUUUUUUUUCCUUAAAGGUAAAACUUUGUUUGGUUUAAAGGUACCAAAAA